AUGGUGUCGGCCACCAAGGUAGAAGGUGAAUAUUCGUUUCUGAGCAAGAACUCUCAUCUGGAUCAAUCUGAAGGUGUGAAGAUACAUCUAUAUCGAUUUGGUGCAGAACACAGAAAUGACAAACUUAAAAGCCUUGCAUGCUCUGAACAAGAUGGCCCAAGUUUGCUUGAUACCAUCCUUCUUUCUCAGUGGGAUAAUUUUGCUUUGAAGGGCCAUUUGGACUAUGAUGUUACUGCUUGCCAACUUAAGGUUAUUGGAGGUGGAAGAAAUUUUGUGGGUCAGCUGAACAAUAAAUGGAAUCCAUUUUCACUGAAGGAAUAUGACAAGUUCUUGUCUUUCACAUGCUUGAAGACAAAUAGUAUGAAGAGUUAUGAGGGAUUGCUUCUUGGCAUUGCACAAGGAGAAAAUGAUAGACCUGAGGUUACUCCUUCAGCAUCACCACCAAAGGAUGGACUACUUGUGAUUGCAAAUGCUUAUCCUGUUGAAUAUGGUCAUAUCUUCUUGGUCCCAAGUGCAAUCAAUCAACUAUCUUGCUAUUGGGACAAAGUGAUGAUUGGACUGGCUACAAAGAUUUCCUCUGAAGUAAAUAAUGCAGCAUUCAGGGUUUUCUUUGACAGCAGAACAUCUGUAGUGUCAGGUCACAUGAUUUUUCAGGCAUGUUACUUCGCAAUCCCUUUACCAGUGGAGUCUGCCUCCACUUUCAUGGUAUAUGAUGGAAAUGGAAAGGCCAGAUCAGACAUUAUUGUGUCUGAAACAGUUGACUACCCCCUAAAAGCUCUUGUGUUCACCAGCACCAACCUAAAAGCACUUGUUAGUGUUGUCAGUGAAAUAUCCGUUUCUCUCCAUGACAAUGCUACUGCAUACAGCCUGCUGAUUUCCAACAAUGGCACAAAGGUUUUCUUGUUUCCACAGGUGAAAAAUCUGGUUACUGGCUGCUGUCUGUCUGCUUGGGAGUGUGGCGGUUACUUUGUUUACCACACCAAGUUUGGUUUUGAUAAUGCUUCUGAAACUGAAAUCUCCAACAGAAUGGGCUCUGUUUCACUCGAGGAUAGCACCUUUGAAGAUCUGAAACAUCUUUGUUGCGCUAUUGCAGAUGAUUUAUGUAAGCUCAUGCAGAAUGUUACUGCAUGA